AUGGAGCCCAGCGAGGUGACAUCGGAAAGCGAUUCUUUGUUGCCGAACGAGCCUUGUGUUGCCUCGAUGUCCACACCACCAAGGAGCGUCGGCAAGAACAAGAGCGGCCACAUCCUCAACAGCGAUUCACGGAACAUGAUCUUCCACUGCUACACGUACUGGCGCAACAGGGAGCCCGAACGCAGCGUGGAGGACACGAGCAAGUUUGUCGCCGAGAUGCUCGGUGUCAGCGAAAGCACAGUCUUCAAGGUGAGGAGAGAGGCCAAGGCUUCGUCUUCUUCGGGCGACAAUCUUUCGACGCCCUCGCGAAAGCGCACACGAAAUGCGGAGAAGAGAAGACGCAGCACGAAAUAUGACAGCUUCACGUUGUGCGCGCUGAGGUCAUGUGUGCACGAUUUCUUUCGCCGCAACGAGAUACCGACGGUCGAGAAGAUAACGAACGAGUUCUCGAACCGUAUGGAUCUCCCGUCACUGAAGCGCUGUACUGUGCGGCGCCUGCUUGCCGAGAUCGGCUUCGAGUACGAGAAGAGGUGCCGCAACUCGCUGCUUAUCGACCGCGACGACAUCGUCGAGUGGCGGAAUCGCUACCUUCGUGACGUGGAGCGCUACCGGGCGGAAGGCCGAAAGAUCUUCUUCCUGGACGAGACAUGGGUGACGGCGGGACACACUCAGUUGAUCAUAUGGACAGACACCGUGGUGCAGAAGCGCGGACGCCUGUACGCUCGCGCAAAUGGCCUUUCAACGGGUCUGAAACAACCCUCUGGGAAAGGCCAGCGCCUGAUCGUCACGCACAUCGGCAGUGAAGAUGGGUUCGUAGACGGCUGCUUGGAUGUAUUCCGAGGGCGAAAAACAGGCGAUUACCACGAAGAAAUGGACGGCAAUCGCUUCGAGGGAUGGUUCGGCGACGUGCUGCAGAAGUUGCCAGCUGGUAGUGUCAUUGUUUUGGACAAUGCACCUUACCACUCCUGGCGAGAAGAGAAAUUGCCGACGACGUCCUGGAAGAAGGAAAACACACAAGAGUGGCUGAAUAGCAAGGACAUCGCCUACAGCGCGACGUUAACGAAGAGGCAGCUGCUUGAGUUGGUGGCAUCUGUGAAGAAAGCGACUCUGACUGCGAGCUGUCCGGCAUUGAGCCCCUCGAGGAAGCUUAACGGCUAA